CUCUUCUCCUUUUAUGCUCCAUUCUCUCUCGUUUCUCUCUUUCUUCCACCGCAACACAACCCUUGUUGUUCUGUGCUCAGACGAAGCGACACCGUUUUGCACUUUCUUCUCAGCACAGCAUCUAGCAGGUUGUUGAAAAUAUGGCCAAGCAUCAUCCUGAUUUGAUUAUGUGCCGGAAGCAGCCAGGGAUUGCCAUUGGACGGCUGUGUGAGAAAUGUGAUGGCAAAUGUGUGAUCUGUGACUCUUAUGUGCGUCCUUGUACACUUGUCCGAGUUUGUGAUGAAUGCAACUACGGAUCAUUUCAGGGUAGAUGUGUCAUAUGCGGAGGAGUUGGAAUAUCUGAUGCCUACUACUGCAAGGAAUGCACACAGCAGGAGAAAGAUAGAGAUGGUUGCCCCAAAAUUGUUAAUUUAGGGAGUGCCAAAACUGAUUUAUUUUAUGAACGCAAAAAGUAUGGUUUUAAGAAAAGAUGAUCAGGGUAGAUUACUGACGUUUGUAUUUCACUAAAAAAUGUUUGGAUGUGUUUUGCUCGGAUGUAAGAACCAUAUAGGAUAUGAGACCCUGUGAACAUAAACAUUUACAUUGGAUAAUUAUUUUAAUGCAUGACUAGUUGGCUACUGAUAAAAGAUUUAGCCAUUAUGGAAGUAUCAACAUGGACUACAAUAAGACUAUCGUUUGUAUUUGUUGGU